AUGGUUUCUACACUGACUGUCAAUAUAGAGGAAGGAUACAUUGAUCAAGAUCGCAUCGUCAAUGACGACUUUGUUUUACCUCAGGAAUAUUUUUGUCCCAUAUGUGGUUAUCUAUUAUGGAAACCGUGUUCGUGUUCUUCCUGUCGGAAUUUAUUUUGCCAUAAAUGUAUUCGAACAUGGCUCAAUAUAAAUCCAACCACUUGCCCAUAUCGAUGUGUUCCAUACCAAGAACAACGAGCUCCACCUCACAUUCAAUCAAUCUUGGCUCGUUUACAUAUUCGUUGUCGUAAUACGCAAUUUGGUUGUAAAGAAAUUCUAGCGUAUGAUUUAUUAGAACGACAUGAACAAGUCAAUUGUCAAUUCCGAACGAAACGAUGUGCCAUAUGUGAACAAUUGGUGCUUAUAGAUCAGCUUGACGAACAUUCAUCGUCGUGUAGACCUACAGUUGUUCAAUGUAGUGUGUGUCAAUGUGCUGUAGAACCAAGAUUGUUUGAAAGUCAUUCACAACAAUGUCUGCAAGAACAUCUGAAUCAUUUAUUCCAACAAAAUUUGCCCAUACAAAAUGAAACUAAUGAUAUUAAUGUUACUGGACAAACACCGAUUGCUGGAAAUUGGUUCGCUGUCUGGAUCCAAAGAUUUUUAGAAGAAUGCUCUAGACCACCUACAACUAAUCUUCCUGGAAUUCAAGCGGUGUUUGAAGCACGUCAACAUGGUUGGCUUUAUCAAAUCUUGACAAUGUUCUUAUUGAUCUUGCGAAAUCCUACAACAGCACCACAUAUCUUCCUUCCCAUGUCGUCAAAAUCGCCUAAGUUUUCACGAUUAAUCGCGAUUUUUCAAAAUACUAAUGAUUAA